AUGCAACCACCACCCUCGCCGUCGAUGCCAAUUGAUCCUGCUCUAGCCCUGUACCCUCCAUACUACACAAACUACUCCCAGCCGCCCCAACACAUCCCCCCUCAUCUGUCUCUGCCUUCAAACUAUUCAUCGCCUUCGUCACAAGGUUCUGACACAAUUGGAACCCCCCCAACUGAACACAUGUUCCCAACGUCAUCCAAUGCCAAUGGCAAGAGGCCAGCACCGUCUGGCAAUGAUUCCAGGAAAAAGGCGCGCAAGGAUGAUGAUUCCGACGUUCGUAGCCCAACUGCGGAGAAGGAGGAGAAAGCAAAGCCCACCAGAGGAUCUCGCGCUUGCACUGUAUGUCGCCGACUGAAAAUGAAGUGCGUCGGUGCGGAACAAGGACCUCCGUGUAAACGCUGUCAGGCCGGCAACCAUGAAUGUAUCUUCGAAGAAUCCAACAGGGGUAAAAGAUCUUCCAAAAAGCACGAAUUGUUGACGAGGUCAAUCAGGAAAAUGGAACGGACGUUGGACACCGUUCUCAAGUCGAUUGGCAACCCAUCUAUUGCUUCUGGGAUCUUGUCGCGUUCUCCGUCGCCUAGUCCUGCAACGGCAACCACCCAGGCAUUGAUCGCAGCAUCACCUCCUCAUUCGCCUGCAUCAUAUCAUCGCCAAAUGCCGGGUUCACCGAAACUUCAUUCUCUACCUGAUAACGCUCUGAAUCCUCUUGGUCUAUUAGUAGAGGCUAGUCUCGCCAAUCGUCGUGCUCAAGGGCACGCCAGUGGUAUCCUUGCGAGGGGUACUGAAUCGAAUGGAGGGCCGAUUCUCGGUGUUGCUGGUGACAAUUACUUCAAACCCGGUCCUAUGACGAUUCUGCCACUUCGUCGUCUCUAUAUUGAGCGCCAAGUGCAACCCGAAAUGCUUAGUUUUGUCUCUACAAAUGAAGUUGUCAAGCUGUUUAAAAUUUACUUUGAUCAUAUGAACAUGCAUACAAAUCUCUUGGAUAGGAGUUUCCAUACUCCCUCCCUCGUGUGUUCUCGGUCGCCAUUCCUACUGACCACCAUCUGUGCUAUAUCCAGCAAGUUCUAUACCGAGAAGCCAGACUUACACCCACGGCUCAAUGAGCUCGCUAAGAAACUAGCGUUCAAUGUUCCAGCCCGUGGAUACAAGUCUGUGGAGAUCGUUCAAGCAUACUUGCUUCUUACCCUUUGGGGUUGUGGCGCUGUCGAACGUUUCGAACAAGAUAAGACUUGGCUUCUUUUGGGUAUGGCCAUCAGGAUGGCUACGGAUUUAAACUUGCAUAGGAAAUCCGCGACUGCUACCAUCCAUGAUGGUCCGGAUGCACGAGCGCGCGAAAUCGAAGUGCAUAAUCGGGAACGAACAUGGAUAUUCUGCUUUUGCCUUGACAAAAGUUUCAGUGCGCAGAUGGGUAAACCUUAUUCAAUCAAAGAAGACUUCAUUAUUCGAAAUGUCGAUAACUGGUGUAGUCUCCCGUGCGCCGUUCCGUCUGAUACGUCAUUGGCCGCAUACGCUGAACUACAAGCGAUACUGUCUCACAGUCUUGAUUUCCUUUAUUCCAAUACCGAGACCGGCAAUGGACUGCAUACAACCCUGGACUACUUGUUGAUCAUCAGGACAUUUGAGGACCAAAUAUUUACUUUUAGGCGGAAAUGGAUUGCCAGCUCUGAAACGACCAAUGAUAAGACUUCCCUUGAGCAUGAAUACAAAGCCAGAAUCUCAGAGUUUUACUUCAACUACACUCUUCUGGUUCUUAAUUCGUUCGGCUUGCAAAAUGCUAUUGAAUCUGCGCCUCUCAACAUCGGUCACUUCUUCGCAAGAGUCCAUACGUCCGCGAUCACUUGCGCUACCAUCGUCCGCGACCAUUUGGGUCCAAAAGGUUUCAUGAAAUAUUCCCCCGACUCUCAUUGUGUUCAAACCUCAUACGCGGUACUCAGCUUGCUCAAGUUGGUCCGUCCAGAAUUCUCCGCAUAUCUAGAGGACGCGCAGAAGACUCUCACUCUGUGCCAUGAAGUCGCGGACGUGCUGGAGAAGGUCUCCGUCAGUCCUCACCACACUACGGCAUUAUAUGGCGGGUUUUUGAAAGCACUCAUCACGGCAAAAAUGGAAGCCUCGAAUGGCGACAGUCAUCAUUCUGCUUCUACCGUUUCCGCGAAGCAGCAGGAGGCACAGAACAAUGGUCCUCCGCCUAGUUACUCCGACCCUUCGUCCGCGCUUGGCGAAUUCCAUUUCGAGGGCGAGAUGGGUCCCGCUAUGGACAUAUCCACCUUCCCUCCAACGAUGGCGCCCAAUCCAUCGGAGGAGGACAUCCACAAUGCGAGUGGCUUGACCAUGGAUAGCAUACUGAGCAGCAACUUUUGGGAUAGCGUGUUGGUACCUGGGUACAGCCUCAUGGAUGGUUUCAGUGGCGGGUUCGUCUUUGGCGCCAACGGCAGUGGGCUCAUCACCCCUCGAGUUGGUUUGUCGCCCUAUCAUUCUGGCCACAACACCCCCUUGAUGAACGGACACAAUGAUUUGACGCAAAUGUCAAUCAAUGCUGCUUUUGACCAGCCUGACGGCGUAACGGUCAAGCUCGAUUCGUAG